AUGGUGGUCGACACACAUUCCUCAGACUCAAGCAUCAUCCUGCGUGUCAAAGGGCCCUUGGAGUUCAAAUGCCUCUUUGAUAAACCAGACGCACUUAACAUCCAGAAGGUGAUCUCCAAAACCUUUGACGCCUUAUGCUCGGAUAUCAAGUCAGACUCUUGUGCAUUCACCCUGUGUGAUGGACCGGUUGUCAUUUGGCCAAAUAAAGAUGUCACUAUAUCUCAAGAAGGCAUCACUCCAAACACUCUCUGUGAAGUGUUGUCUCAAUGGACACAGACGAGUGAACAGGAUAGUGCUAGCAAACGAUUAGCAAAGAAGAAGAGCAAAAAAGGCCCUAGUAGUACCGUAGUAAACCUUCAACUAAUGAUGGAGGUGACCAGAUCUGGAGCCCCACAUCCUCACGUGCCUGUGUUUGAAAGGACCGUUCAGACGGCACACUUCAUCUCCACAACUUUACCAAUGGACUGUGCCGUCUUUUUAAGUCAAGAUGAAACGAUACAAGACGCUUGUCUCCGUCUGGUGGAAGAACUAUGGAAUCAGCUGAAUGAGAUGAAAAGGGUGACCAUACAGCACUUAAAGGGGGCUUCUGUCCUGAUCCCUGAACCACUGCACUUCCUUCUCCCACCGCCACAUGGUCUUGUCACUGUGGUCUAUCCCUCAGGAGUACCGGACAGCCAACUGCAAACAGUUCGACAGACUUUGCAUAAAAAGUAUGAUCUACCAGAAGACACCCCCUAUUUCAGAAGAGCGAAUGCUUACCACUUUGCUAACGAGCCCUAUAGAGAUGGAUACCUCCGAAAUCCUCAUCUGUCACUUAAUCUUCCUGCUCUUGACAAUGGAAAGGUUUAUUUAGUCCAAGGACUAUACAGCUACCAUCACUAUAUGCAGGACCGAAUAGACGACAAUGGCUGGGGCUGUGCUUAUCGUUCCCUGCAGACCAUCUGCUCCUGGUUUCAGCAGCAAGGUUAUGAAGAGCGAUCUGUGCCCACUCAUAAAGAAAUUCAGCAGGCUCUGGUAGACGUUGGAGACAAACCAGCAGCUUUUGUGGGAUCCCGUCAGUGGAUAGGGUCAAUUGAGGUUCAGGUUGUACUGAGCCAGCUUCUUGGCGUAACAUCUAAAAUCAUGUUUGUAAGUCAAGGUUCUGAGCUGGCAAGCAAAGGGAGAGAACUCGCCAACCACUUCACAACAGAAGGAACUCCAGUAAUGAUUGGUGGGGGAGUUUUAGCUCACACUAUUCUUGGGGUGGCUUGGAGUGAAACGACUGGAGAAAUACGGUACCUCAUUCUGGACCCCCAUUACACUGGUGCUGAAGAUUUGCAACUGAUUACAGAAAAGGGCUGGUGUGGCUGGAAAGGCCCAGAAUUUUGGGAUCAAACUGCCUAUUAUAAUCUGUGUCUGCCUCAGAGGCCAAGGGUCAUUUAA